GAGGAGCAUCUGUGGGGUUUCUUUUUUUUUUUCUCGAGUUGUUCUUCUCUAAAAUUCCUCUUUUACUAACACUGUUCUUGCUGUCCCGUUGAGAACGGCUGCAAGAACUUUUAUUUGCAGGGGUUUCCUUUGCUGCUUUCUCUCCAUAAUUUGUCCGGUCAUGUUUCUACGUAAAAACAGAAGUGUUUCUCCGUUACUGCGUCGACUGCAUUCGCGAAGGCCGUGGAAAAAAAGGAGCUUCGAACUGACUUCUUUCGUUCAGCUCGUCGCGCUCAGUGUGAUGAGCACAGCACCGCGACCGGGAUAUUGCUACGGCGACGACCACUUCGGAAGGGGAGUCGAUCCACGAGGCACCACAGUGCUGGCGACGGACGGCGGGCGCGCAGUGAUCCCGUGCCUAGCCAAGCUUCGUGUCGAGAGCCGCAACGAUUCUGCCGUACUUGUACGCUGGUUCCGAGGAGGCGACAACAGCACCGAGCCUUUCUACAGCCUGGACGCCCGGUCGCGCAGAGGUGGCCUGUCCAAGGGACACCACACCAGGGGCGAGGCAUGGAAAGGCCGUUCCUUCUUCUCGGUGCUUCAGGAGCCCCCCAGUCUCAAGGUGAACAGAGUGGACUACGCCGAUCGGGGAACGUACGUCUGCGACCUGCUCUACGCCAGCGGCAGAAGAUACAGCGCAACCGUUGCUCUUGCCGUGUUCGUGCCACCGACGGAAUUUGUAAUCAAGGACGCUAACGGCAAUGUUGUGCGAGAUUCAGUGGGACCGUACACGGAGGGUGACAACCUUUUCCUGGUAUGCGAAAUAAUUGGAGGGAAGCCCCGGUUCCUUACUACGUGGCAGAAUAAUCUGGGCGGAGCGGCGAACGUGAGCAGCGUGGUAGAAGAGGACGACGUACAUCGGACGUUUCUUCGCAUUGAGCCGCUGCGACGUCACCACUGGGGCCUGAACGCCACAUGCACGGCUUCCAUUCUGGACGGUCUUUUCUCCAAGUCCCUGUCGGUUCACGUGCUCAUCCACUUGCCUCCUGCGAGCACUGUGAUAACGGCCAGCCACACGGAACUGUACUUCGAAGAGCCGGCCGAGUUUGUGUGCACAAGUCGUGGCUCACGUCCCGCGGCAGAAAUACGUUGGUUCUUGGGUUCGAGUCCUGUCGAACCACUUCUGUACCGUACCACAACGGACGGCAAUGUCACCACCAGCUUCGUGCUGGUCACGCCCACGAAGGAUCGCAACGGGGAGCGGCUCAAGUGCGUCGCCUUCAACAAGAGUCUACGGGGCUCAGAGCUGUCGUCCGAGACCUUGCUCGAGAUCAAAUACAAGCCACAGGUCACUCUAGAGUUUGGCGCGGGCCUCAAGGAGUCGUCGAUCUACGAAGGCCACGACAUAUUCUUCGUGUGCAACGCGUCCGCCUAUCCCAGCAUCACGGACGUCGUGUGGAAGCUUAAUGGCGUCCCUCUGGAACAGCAGCACGAGCUGCACAGGUUGCAGCCGCAGCAGUCAACCAACACUUCCUCCUCACCCUCGACGGCUCGUGGACCACUCAUCGUCAACCAGCGCUACCUAGUGCUGAGAAAUGUGCAGUCGUCCGACUCCGGAAACUACUCCUGCACAGUCACAAACCCCGAGGGAGUGACCACGUCCAAGACCCUUCAGAUACGCAUACAGCACUCUCCUCGCUGUCAGAACCCUCAACAGCAGCACCACGCCAAGGUGGUCUACACGGCUCCGUUCGAGGAAGUGACUCUGUCGUGUGAUGUGGAGGCUGACCCCAGCACCAACCUGACCUUCCGCUGGUCCAUGAAGGAGAGCCACAGAGCUUCCAUCGCCACAGCGUCUGUGGCGCCUGGAGACGCAAUGUUGCGGGAGGCGGCGUUCGCGCGCGACUUCGAUGGCAUGGCUCGAGCGUUCGCAUCACGCAGCGUGCUGACUUUUGUUCCUCUGCCCGAAGAGCUGCACUCGACCUUCCAGUGCUGGGCAAAGAACCCCGUAGGCAUCCAGAAGAAGCCUUGCCUGUUUCGCCUAGUUCCAAAAGAAACACCAAGUCACGUCCGCGAGUGCCAGCUUUUAAACAAGACGCUGACAUCAUUGCUGAUUGAGUGCCAGCGGCGCAGCGAUGACCAUCACACGUUUGUGAUGGAGCUGCACGAUGCCAGCAGCAACCUGCUCGUCCGACGUGUCACUUCACCCACGCCACGCUUCCAGCUAAGUGAGCUACACCCGACGACAUACUACACCAUCCUGGUGUACACUACCAAUGGUGUCGAAACCAGCCGUACUCUGAACAUCUCCAUCUCAUCUACGGAAGCUGCCAUGGCCAAGACUUAUGAGAAAGAAGGCACGCUAUCAAACCUGAACCUAGGAGCCAUUGUAGGGCCCGUUGCUGGUAGCAUUGCCAUCCUGGCAGCUGCCGUCUGCAUUGCAUGCUUCUGCAAGAAGCACCACAGACGAAAGGAAAAGCCUGUGGUUGAAGAGACGCCCGCCACCAGCCAAGCAGAGAAGUCCGAGAUGUUCUCCAUACCACUGGGCACACAGACUAAGGUCGACUGCAAAGGGGACGACAUCGGCUCCGCAGUCGAGGUUGUGGCACACUACAACCACGACAUCUCAGAGAAGCUUCCCCUGCAAUGCUACGGAAGCGUGCUAUGAGCUUCCACUCUGCUCAGCCUUCCGUCCCGAUCACCCGUUGCGUCAUCGUUUGGACAGAAAACACGUGCUUCAACAUGUGCGCGGGGUAGAAACUUUCUCAAGGGACAAAUCUCCGGCCUUAUAGAGUGCUGUUACUUUCGAGGCGAUGACUCGCUGUGUGGACCAAAACCACGAGGUUGGCCCCGUAAUCAAAGACUCAGCGCCACUGCGUGAAAAUAUGUCCGGUAUGGUGCUUCCCUGUGGUUUAAAGGAACCGCGUGGAAACUGUGAUUGCGUGACCUAAAAGCAGUUAUUCUGCGGACCAAGUAUGUGAAAGUCCGGCAACGAGUGUGUACAGUGAUGUUGGUUACUCGAGCGUGGAACGACACUUCAAUCCCGUAUCACUUGUUUCCUUCAGCGCACGACGCAGGAUACACGUAAUAAAGUAUUUUCAUCAACACACUCCAUU